ACGAGUUUUGGAAGCUGCUGGGCAGACCAACGAGCGAUUGUAGGAAGUCUGACUGUAUACACUGGUUAGCCGUCUGGACAAAUGGACCCACUUGACCUCCCUCUCGAUUGCUUAAUUUCGAUAUUUUCAUACUUACAUGAAGAAGACCUAGUAACAGCAUCACAUGUGUCUAAGGCAUGGCAUGAGGCAGCAGAGACUCCAUGGCUUUGGCGAAAAAAGUGUCUGCAGAGAUGGGGUUUCUGCAAUAUCGCCAACUUUUUGUCUGACAUUGACAAGCAGAGUUGGAAAAGCUACUACCUGCGACGUGCCCUCUUGGAGAUAGGCAUGAAGGCUGGAAGGUCCGGUGGUGACUACAUCUGCCAAAGUCUGCGAGGCCACAAUGGCAAAAUCAUUGGUGUUGUGUAUUUGGCUGGGAUCAAUCCAAUCUCUGAGUUCUGGAGCCAGUCCUCCGUAGUAUGCAGUGCCUCCACAGAUGGGACAGUGAGGGCCUGGGAUGUUCAAAAGGCCACCCAGCUGUGGUCAAGUCCUGAGCAAAGACAGCUGUGCGACAUUGUGGCAGACCUGCAGAAUAACAUAGUGGUCACUGUGGAUGACACUGGAACAGUGAAAGCCUGGGAGGGCCCGACAGGUGGGGAAGUGGCCUCUUAUUCCACGGGCUCAACUAAAAACACACUGUAUGCAUGCAGCAUCAAUGACAAGCCAGUCAUCAUUGUUGGGUCAAAUAAUGGAGCUCUGCAUACACUGACAAGUCCAUCAUUGUCAAAGCUCUCCAGUCAUGUGGUGUUUGACUCAUUCAGACUGGACUUGAUUCUGUCAUCCCCUGACAAAAAGUGGAUUCUGACGGCCUCAAAGGAUUGCUCUGAAUACAGUCCAAAGGUUUUCUUCAGUCCAAGUUUGUGCAGUGGCCCUGAGGGAGAGGGUCCAGUCAGUGUGAGUCUGCCCAUGUCUGUCCGUAGUGUCUAUUCUGCAGCCUUCCUGCCGUCGCCCUCACCCAGGGUGGCGGUGAUCCACAGCAGUGACCUCUCACAGAAAAAAAAUCUAUCUAUCUUCGACAUCAGCAUGGCGAAGACCAGAUAUGAUGACCCCGCACCCGCAGCUCAGCAGACGGAGUCCUCUGAGCUGGACCUGCCGUCCACAAACGUCCUGCUCCAGGCCAGAGACAGCAACACACUGGUGGUGGCUGCAGGACACCAGCUGAGUGUCUACUCUGUGAAAGGAGCGCUCCUGCAGAGGAUGGUGGACCACACAGGGCCCGUCACGUCCAUUUGUGUGGACAAUUUCCGUGUGGUGACUGCUUCUCUUGAUCUGUCUUUGAGAGUACUGACAUGGAAUCAUGAGAAUGAGAAGGAACUCUCUCUUGACAGCCAGUACCAUCUAUUGGGAGGCUCACACACAAUGUCAAGAGGAUUCACCGUUGUGGCCUGUGACUACAUUAGUAUUGUGGGCUCAGUGGCGUCUGUGAAUGGCAACGACGUCCUGAAGGCCUACUCUUUCAACACCUGAUGAAGGGACCAUUCCUCCGAUACUAGGGAAGUGCACAAGUGCUUUUAGACAUGCUUGUUUGAUGUCCAAAAAAUUGAGAAUGCUUCUGGGCUCAUAAUGAUGAUGUAACUCUGAUGGCAUAAUAUAUACACAUUCUUUCUUUGUGUAUAUAUUGUCAACUGUCAACUAUAUCAUUAUUGUAGGUCUAGGAGCUUUUCAAUUUCACAACAAAAAAAUACUAGCUGGACCUGUAUCAAUUUUGAUAGUCCUCCUCCCCAUCCGUGCUGUGAUGCCAACCAUGACCAAAAGGUAUAUUCACGCCAACUCUUGCAGCUAUGCUAUAUUAAGUUACGUUUACAUGAAAUGUUUACAAGGUUUGAGAUGACAACUGACAUUGUUUUUGUUCCACCUUUAAUUGUUUGUGUUUUAUUGUAACAUUCAUUUUACAUAUAAAUGAUAAAUUAUUCUAUAGCCUCUCAAUUUCCCUGAGACAACAAUAUGACUUGCAGAACAAAUAAACAAAAACGUGUAAAAAAACCCAACAACUAAAUAACUGUGCAAUCAAUAGAAAAUCAUUUGCAUUCACAAAACAAAAUGGCACAAAAUCUUCUUUCCCAAACUUGAACUCAAGUAGACAUUCGAAGAUGCUGAUUUUUUUUUAUCCAGGAAGAGGUAGAACUAGAGUUAAGUAUCAAUACGCUGACAAGAAACUGCUGAUUUGUUGAUUGAGUUAGUCUGUAUUGAUCUAGUGUAAUCCAGGCAAUUGUCCAUACAUGCUGGAAAAUGGCAGUUUUUCUUCACUGCAGUUCUAGCUGCAGCCUCACUGAUUUUCUCAUCUCCUCCAAAACAAGUUUCAAAAUUGAGUUCAUCGUGUCAUACACCUGCUUGCCCUCUUGUGAGGUCUUGUCAAUCUAGAAAUCACAAAGCAGUACAAAAGAGGAUUGUUUGUAGACUAUUUACAGUAAAUUGCUUUACAUACAGUACUUUCAUUACAUUUUAAAAGGAUGAGAGCUCUGGAUUAUCUUAAGAAUUUUGCAAUCAGCAAAUUCAGACAAAUGUCACUAAAUAAUGUUGUUCAGCUCUAGUGUUCACUAGAUAGUUCUAUGGGUGCCUCUCAUUUAGAGUUUAUACGUCCUCCCUCGCUCCUCGGGCCUCGAUCCUCACUGAUCUACAUAAAGAAAGAUAGACGAAGGGAUAGACUAUCAUUGUUGCCGCCCCAUCAUUCUUUAUGUACAUCAGUGAGGAUCGAGGCCCGAGGAGCGAGGGAGGACGUAUAAACUCUAAAUGAGAGGCACCUUGUGUGUUCUUCUAGUGGGAGUCUUGUGUACCCACCUUAGUGAAAGCCUUUGUGGUUCGUUCCAAAAAGGAUUUUUCCACUUCCUCAGUGACCUCCAGUGCAUAGGCAAAACAUUGCAGGAUACAUGUCAGAGUCUCCUUCGGGGCCUGAAGUGGAUAGGGUACACAAACAGCUGAACAGCACUGACAAGUCACACUCACUGAACCAUAUGUGUAGAUGACUAUCGUCUCCUCAGUAUUAGUGAGUAGACUAUUGAAGAUCAGAGAAAGUAGAAGUAGAAGAAUUGAAGAUCAGAGAAAAAGAUGUUAAGACAUGAUAAACGGCAGUGUUUCAAAAUCCUGCCAUGCGUUGCAUGCACGUUGUUAUUUUUGAAAAGCUUAUUUUUACACCUGUUUGUUUUUUGACGCUAUGGGCCUGCGCUUUGAUGUUCACUGAUAAAAAUUCUGCAGAAUUGCAG